CACCGUUGAAAUUAUUAUGCAGCGAUGGUGGAGAAGAAAAUAGCAGUGCGAUCCCAGGACCCAGGCCAGCGGCGCGUUUUGGACUGCGCUACGCGCCAGCGACGCUUAACCAGACAGCUAGAGGCACUUGAAAAGGACAAUUUCCAGGAUGAUCCUCAUGCCAGCCUACCCCAGCUGGCCAAGAGGCUCCCUCAGUUUGAUGACAGCAAUGAGUCUGGCAAGAAGAGGAAGAAGACAAGAGGAGAUCAUUUCAAAUUGAGAUUUCGGAAGAACUUCCAGGCUCUACUGGAGGAAGAGGAACUAAGUGGGAAUGAGGGACCUAACUACCUGACUGCUUGUGCCGAGCCCUCCAAACUGCCGCAGCGCCACUUCUGUGCCGUGUGUGGCUUCCCGUCUCCCUACACCUGCAUUUCCUGUGGGGCACGCUACUGCUGUGUCCGCUGCCUGGGCACACAUCAUGAAACCAGGUGUCUGAAGUGGACUGUGUGAUGCUCUCAGUUGGUACGUGUGAAUGGCUGCCUCAUUUUAUUGCUUGAUCAUAUGUCGUCCUGUCAUCAACUGAAGGACAGGUUUCUUUUUUGUGCAGCAUCAGAGUAUCUGAAUGAGCUGUAUGACUUCCGUCCAGUCAGUCUGUGUGAGCUAUAUGACUCUCAUCCAGUGAGUCUUAAUGAGUUGUUUGACUCCCAGUCAGUCUGAAUGAGCAAUAUGACUCCCGUCCAGUCAGUCUGAAUGAUCUGUAUGACUCCCAUCCUGUCUGUCUGAUUGAGCUGUAUGACUCCCGUCCAGUCAGCCUGUAUGAGCUAUAUGACUCUCAUCCAGUGAGUCUUAAUGAGUUGUUUGACUCCCAGUCAGUCUGAAUGAGCAAUAUGACUCCCGUCCAGUCAGUCUGAAUGAUCUGUAUGACUCCCAUCCUGUCCGUCUGAUUGAGCUGUAUGACUCCCGUCCAGUCAGCAUGUAUGAGCUAUAUGACUCUCAUCCAGUGAGUCUGAAUGAGUUGUUUGACUCCCAGUCAGUCUGAAUGAGCUGUAUGACUCCCAUCCUGUCUGUCUGAGCUGUAUGACUCCCAUCCUGUCCGUCUGAUUGAGCUGUAUGACUCCCGUCCAGUCCGUCUGAAUGAACUAUAUCACUCUCGUCCAGUAUGUCUGAAUGAGCCAUAUGACACCCAUCCAGUCAGUCUGAAUGAGCUGUAUGACUCCCUUCCAUAGCACCAGACAGUGGCUGAAUGGGGACAGUGCUGUUGCUAUCGCAACAGGCAUGUGGUGAUCUAAUGGGAGUCCCUGCAUGAGAUAGCGAUAACUCAGAAAGUGAAUGGUGUUCAGCCUAGGCCUGAAUGGUGUUUAGCCUAGGCCUGAAUUUGACAAUCAUAUACUGAACAAAAAUCAAAACGCAACAUGCAACAAUUUCAACCAUUUUACUGAGUUAAAGUUCAUAAAAGGAAAUCAGUCAAUUGAAAUCAGGUAAUUAGGCCCUAAUCUAUGGAUUUUACAUAACUGUGCAGGGCACAGCCAUCGGUGAGCCUGGGAGGACGUAGGCCCACCCACUUGGGAGCCAGGCCCUGCCAAUCAGAAUGAGUUUUUCCUCACAAAAUGACAUUAUUACAGACAGAAAUACUCCUCAGUUUCAUCAGCUGUCCGGGUGGCUGGUCUCAGAUGAUCCUGCAGUUGAAGAAGCCGGAUGUGGAGGUCCUGGACUGGCGUGGUUACAUGCGGUCUGCGGUUUUGUGGCCGGUUGGACGUACUGCCAAAUUCUCUAAAAUGACAUUGGAGGCGGCUUAUAGUAGUGAAAUUAACAUUCAGUUCUCUGGCAACAGCUCUGGUGGACAUUCCUGCAGUCAGCAUGCCAUUUGCAUGCUCCCUCAAAAUUUGUGGCAUUGUGUUGUGUUUUAUAGAGUGGCCUUUUAUUGUCCCCAGCACAAAAUGCACCUAUGUAGUGAUCAUGCUGUUUAAUCAGCUUCUUGAUAUGACACAUCUGUCAGGUGGGUGGAUUAUCUUGGUAAAGGAGAAAUGCUCACUAACAGGCAUGUAAACAAAUUUGUGCACAAAAUUAGAGCAAAAUAUGAUUCAUGUGCGUAUGGCAAGUUUCUGGGAUAUUUUAUUUCAGCUCAUGAAACAUCAGACCAACACUUUACAUGUUUGCGUUUAUAUUUCUGUUCAGUAUAGAUUCAAAUCUGGAUUUUAUUAACAGGGCACUUUUGACGCCUCAGUGCAAUUUUUUGAUUGAUCAACAACAACAAAAAAUACCUUGUAUGAGUGAUAUUUGUCUAAAAGCAAAAAAAGGACACUAAUUAUUAAAACCUUAAACCAGCA